AUGGCUGCUAUUCUUUCAGUCCUUCAACACUCAUCUUGCCCUGAAAAUAUAAUCUUCCACUUGGUGUCUUCCAUUGCCGCCGACACCUCCCAUCUCAACCUCACAAUCACAAAGUCAUUUCCUUACCUUCAGUUCAACAUCUAUCCUUUCGAUGAUUCGCCGGUGGCGAGGUUGAUCUCAACUUCUAUUCGUGCUGCACUGGAUUGUCCACUCAACUAUGCCUGCAACUAUCUAGCUGAUAUGCUCCCAGAAUGCGUUCAAAAGGUUGUUUAUCUAGAUUCUGACCUCGUACUCGUCGAUGAUAUUGCUAAACUUGUUGCAACCCCUCUGGGCACUAAAGCAGUUUUAGCAGCACCUGAGUACUGCAACGCAAACUUCACCACCUAUUUCACGCCCACAUUCUGGUCCAACCCCUCUCUUUCCUUAACAUUCUCUUUCACCACCAGCACUUCCACCGGUUAUAUCUCAACCACAAGCAUCCCCUGCACCUGUCCAAUAGCCACCACCAACACCCGCCCUAACAAUACCCCCACCAAUUCCACCACCUACAGCACCACCAGCGCCAUGCCAGUACCAACUAUUGCGUCUAGCCACAGCACCAGAUUUGGUUCUCCCACCUGA